AUGAACCCAUUAUCGAGUAGUAGAGAUGGAAUGAUGAUGAUGAAUAGUAGUGGUGGUAAUAAUAAUGUUCCAAGUGCACUUGGGGGAGCAUUGAGAAAACCCAAUAUAGACAAUGAAAGAAAGCGCCAGUCCAUGAUGAGCCACUGGAAAUACAAGGCGGCGCCAAUGAACGCUGGCGGACAAUCCCAACUCAACUCAUCGAGUGACGAUAUGGUGAUUGGAGACACACAACCACCACCACUACUGCCACAAUCAUCAACGCUACCUGUAGCACCCGCUGAACCUGAAGGUGGAGCAGGAUACAACAAGUCAAGAAGAAACUCAGCUCCCUCACCAUCAAUGCGAAACAUGGUGUCUCAUUGGAAAUUCGAUCCAAAGGGAAUGGUUAGACAACAACGACAAUUACAACUGAUUGGAGAACACCAACAAUUAAUGUAUCUUAAACGACUUCAAGAAUCAUCUGCUCGACAACCCGGCACAGGUGGUCAACAACCAAUGGCAAUGGAUACUUCACCUAUAAACCUCCUGCCAACAACAACCAUACCAACGCAAUCAUCACCAUUAUCAUCACAGUCAUCUCAGUCAUCACAAUCAUUAUCAUUAUCAUUAUCACCCGAACAAACAGCAAUUUCCGAGUUAUCACAUUUUAAAUCAUCAACAUUCCAUCCAUACUCUCGAGCCAGUAAGAACUCUGCGUCACCAAGAUCAUCCUCAUCAUCGUCAUUAUUAUCAUCAUCGAACCUUCCCCAACCACCACCACCAUCUCCAUCCCAACAAUCAACCGAGCCACAACCAAGAAUGGAACGAAGAUUUUCACUGCCAUCAGUCUCCAACAUGUCCCUCUAUAGUGGCCAAUACCAACCCCCACCAUCACCAAAACUCACUCCCAAAACGACACCAUCCUCAUUAUACAAUCUUGACUCUAUUCCAGAGAAUCAAGAGAAUGGAUAUUAUAGUGGAGGCAGUAGCAAUAACAAUGGUCCAAACAACAUUGGUAGUAGUAGUGGGAAUAAUACGACGACGACGACAGGGUUUUCGCCAUCAUCGUCGGCAUCUUCAACAUCACCAUUCAUGGGUCACUCUCCACCACUAUAUAUAAAUGGAUUGUCACCUUCGCUUGUUGGUCUCCCUCAACCAUUUUUCAAUUCGAAUGAACGUUUAUCGUCUCAAUCGUCUCAAUCUUCUCAAUCAUCAUCAUAUUUAGGCAAAUCUCAACAAUCAAUUUCAAUUCCACCAACCACACCUCCAUCUUGUAAAACAACUCCAAGAGACUAUUCAGAAUUCCUCAAUACUAACCUUUCUUCAUCCUCUUCUUCAUUGUCAUCACACAACAACAACAACAACAAUACUGUACAUUUAAAAUCACCUUUUCUCACCUCUUCUCAACCAUCAACCCCACACUUUCCACCAACAGAUUUCCAUUCAUCAUCAUCAUCGAUGGAUAGUUCUGAUCUUACACUACCUCCAAUGAGAUCACUACUUAGUGAUUUAAAAAUUUCAGAACGUUUGGAUCAAAAUAAUAAUCAAAAUAAUAAUCAGAAUAAUAAUCAAAAUAAUAAUAAUAAUAAUAAUAACCAAUUGUCUCCAAUAUCAGUGUCACCAUCUGGAUCAACACCAUCUAAAAUGUUUAGGCUACAAUAUGGUCAAUCAUUUCCAGACCUACCUACCUACCUACCUACAGAAAGAACAACAACGACAACAAUAAGUUAA